AUGUCCUUUUCAGGGCGGCUUGCUGUCACCCAGCUUCCACAUGUGACUCCUAGAAUCUGUCGUAUGCAACAGCAGCCACCAGCCGAGCAACGGCUUUGGCGGGUCGCCCAAACCAAAAACUCAAACCACUGUUGUUCUUCAGUCACCUUUGUUUCUUUUUUUUUCGCUUCCUGUCUUUUUCUUUCUUUCUUUCUUUCUCGCUUCCCUGUCUUUUUCUUUCUUUCUUUCUUUCUUUCUUUCUUUCUUUCUUUCUUAAAAGAUAAGCAUCUUCUUGCUUUCUUUCUUGAUAGCGACCGGACUUUCUUUCUUUGUUUCUUUGUGUCAAAGAGUAAAGACAGACGUCCGUCGUUUGUAACAGAAACGAAUCGAGCUAGCCGACAUUUUAUACCCGCUCCCAGCUUCUCAACACUCGGACUGCCUCACAGAAGCCUCAUCCCCGAUUCACGCAGGAAACUCAAGCCACUUUGUUUUUCAGUCGCCUUUCUUUCUUUAUCUUCGCUUCACUAUCUUUUUCUUUUCGUUUCUUUCUUUCUUUCACACAUUUUUUCAUUUUAUUUCUUUUUUAUAACCCAGAUACGAAUUUUCUUAAUUUCUUUCUUAAUGGCGACCGAAAUUCCUUUUUUCUUUUUUUUUUUUUUAUUUCUUUGUUUUAUUUGCUUUCUUUCCUUCCAUUUUUUAUUAUUUCUUUUUUUUCUCUCUCAUUUUGUUUAUUUUUUCAAAAAUAAGAAUUUUUCUUUCUUGCUGGCCUUUACUUUUUUUAUUUCUUUUCUAUUUUCUUUGUUUUUUUUUUUUCUUUUUAUCUUCUUUCUUUCUUUCUUUCUUUCUUUCUUUCUUUCUUAA